AUGACAAGCAGAGCCAAGUCCAAUCGACAUCUAACGAUCGUCAUCAAGCUCGGCACAUCUUCCAUCGUCUCGGAAUCGACACACCAGCCCUUGCUUGCUAUCCUCUCUUCCAUAGUAGAGACAGUCGUCAAUCUGAGGAAGGAUGGACACCGGGUUGUGCUCGUUAGCUCUGGUGCUAUCGGGGUAGGGAUGCGCCGGAUGGGGGUGAAAGAACGGGGCAAGACGCUCGCGGGAGUGCAGGCACUGGCGGCGAUCGGUCAAGGACGACUGAUAGCGCUCUGGGACCAGCUGUUUGCACACCUCGACCAGCCAAUAGCCCAAGUCCUGUUAACGCGGGGCGAAGUCUCAGACCGCACCCGCUAUUUAAACGCAUGCAACACCCUCGCCGAGCUGCUCUCCAUGGGCGUUGUCCCCAUCGUAAACGAGAACGACACCGUCUCCGUCUCCGAGAUCAAGUUUGGGGAUAACGACUCACUGUCCGCUAUUACAGCGGCUAUGAUCCACGCGGACUACCUCUUUCUUAUGACGGACGUGGACUGCUUGUAUACUGCCAAUCCGAGAAAAGACUCGGAGGCGAAACCAGUGUUUGUCGUAGCUGAUGUAGCUCAGAUAAGGCAGAGCGUGAGCGUGAGCUCUCUCGGCUCAGCCCUAGGCACAGGGGGCAUGGAGACGAAGCUGAUUGCCGCCGAGCUCGCUUCUGGCGCAGGGGUGACAACAGUGAUCACCAAUUCCAAGUCACCGUCGAAUAUCGGGGCAAUAAUCAAUUAUAACCUUAAACACGCCCCUGAUUCUCCUGCCUUAACCGCAGCAUCUACAUCCUCGUCAUCCUCCAAUCUGACCUCAAACUCAACCUCAACGACCACUACCACCAUCCUCGUUCCCGCCACCCAAGACCCGCGGCCACCGCACACCAUCUUCCUGCCCAAACCCUCCCCGCUCGCCGACCGCAAAUGGUGGAUCCUCCACGGCCUCCACAGCGCCGGCACGUUGCUGAUCGAUUCCGGGGCUCACCGGGCCCUUUCGCGCCGCGAGAGCGGGGGGAGGCUACUGCCCGCCGGAGUUGUAGGUGUGCGGGGAACGUUCGCGAGCCAGCAGGCCGUGAGAGUUGUUGUUCGCCGUCGGAGGGGGGAAGGAGGGGGAGAGAGGAGGGACUUGCCCACCCCUGGGGAGUACACGCCAGAUCUUACGUUUACGCCUACUGCUGCUUCUGCUUUGCCCAGCGCGAUUGCGCUCCAGCACAGGAUUGCCGAGCUUGCCCCUUCCAACCCUGCUAACCCUGGUUCUCCGCUCCCUGCGGGUCCUGCGGGUGAGAAGGACAAGGAAGAGAAAGAAGAAGAGUGGGAAGAAGUAGAGGUCGGGAAGGGGCUGAGUAACUACAAUUCCUGGGAGAUCGAUAAAGUCAAGGGGUUGAAGAGUUCGCAGAUUGAGAGUAUCUUGGGGUAUGCGGACUCGGAGCAUGUUGCGGGGAAUAUCACGCUGCGGGUGCUAGCUUGACCGGACCAUGGACGUUCAUUGAUUGAUUAAUCACGAGCACUGGAUUGGGCACCGGCACUAGGCAUGUGGGGAAAACGUAAAUUUGGAUAAGAUAAUAUAGCUUGCACCUAUAUUUAUGGACAAAACAGCACAGGAUAGGGGGAAUACAGAGUAUGUAUGCCCAAAGUGAGGUUUUGCUAGCUCUUUGCGAGAGCACUCGUCUUACUCCUGCCGGCUACUCCUCUUUCUCUGCACCGAACAGCCCCUCCCUCUCCGCGCACAGGAGGGCCAUCCCCGCCCCUGGCCCUAAGAGCGCAGCCACGACCGCCGCCCCCACCCACUUCCCGCUCAUAAGUAGCUUCAUCCCCUGCCUGCCCAGCCUGGGGAAGGAGAACAAGACCCCAAACACGGUAGAGAGGAAGACAUAGAUGUUAUCCUGUUUGAAGAAGUUCUUGAGUAGCGUCGGGAGGUACGUUUCGGCCGUUGGGGUUGGAAGGGGGGAGGGGAGGUAGAUCUCCC